AUGACGAGACCAGAAAAAAGAGUCGCGGUUCUUCCUCCGAGUGCAGAUCCUUUCUACAAGGCCCCAGCAGGCUAUGAAGCCACCGAGCCAGGAACGAUUCUAGCCCAUAGAAAGGUUCCCCAUCCAAUUGCCGCUUUGGGCCCCAUACCGCUUCGUCUUGCAGGCGCAUACCAAAUUCUAUAUCGAUCGAACGACAAUUUUGGAAAUCCCACAGUUGCAGUAACUACGGUCCUUAUUCCCCAAAAUGCAGAUACUACGAAACUGCUCUCCUACCAGAUUCCAGAGGACGCGCCAUCGCCUGACUGUGCGCCGUCAUAUGUUCUGCAAACAGGUCCAGAAAAGGGCGAUAUUCUAUCGAGGCUGGGAAUCCAAAUCCACACUGUUUUGUUCAUAGCCGCGCUGGAGAAGGGUUGGGUCGUGUCUAUCCCUGACUUCGAGGGCUUACAGGGAGCUUUCCUGGCAAAUCGUCGAGCCGGUUAUGCCGUCCUCGAUGGGAUCCGAGCGGUUCUCAAUUCUACGAAGUUCACAAAAGUCUCACCCAAUGCUAAAACGUCGAUCUGGGGAUACUCCGGCGGGAGUCUUGCAACCGGGUUUGCAGCCGAGUUGCAGCCGUUGUAUGCCCCCGAAUUAGAAAUCGCUGGUGCUGCCCUGGGAGGUCUCAUCGGUAGCAUUGAGAACGUUAUCUAUACUCUGAACAAGGGGCCUUUCGUGGGAUUAGUAUUCUCAGGGUUCCAUGGCAUGUCGCAUGAAUAUCAGGACAUCGCCUCGAUAAUCCGGGAACAGCUCACGGAUGAUCCUGUUAAGAGAAAUAAGUUUCUUCAGGCGGCCGAUAACUGCUUCUUGGCGAACGUCUUGCAAUUUACAUUCGAGGACAUCUUUUCGUAUUUUAAGGACCCUAAUAUAUUGCAGUAUCCCGCUGUCCAGCAGGCGUUUGCUGACAAUAACCUUGGACAGUAUGCGCCGGAGAUUCCCUUGUUUGUUUAUAAGGGAAGUUUGGAUGAGAUCAGCCCUGUACGUGACACGGAAAGCAUUGUGUCUGGGUACUGCGCUGCUGGGACGAGCGUCAAAUACAAUGAGGUCGUGACUCAUGCUCAUGUGAUAUUGCAGAUGGACGGCUUUGCGGAAGCUUUCGCCUGGUUGGAGAAGAGAAUGAAUGGUGUCCCCGCAGAGAAGAGAUGCAAGCAGACUGAGGAGUUGCUGCCUUUGUCUGAACCUGGGACGCUGGAUGCUUUAGGGACGACAGUUGUCGCGGAAAUAGAGAAUCUUUUAGGUAUUUAA